AUGGCGUUGAAUUACGAUUACGAUGAAGGUAGUGAAACAUGGCCCUUCUUUUUGCUGACCGUCAUAUUAAUGGGUCUUAUACCAUUAACUAUCAUGCAAUUAUACAGAUUGAUUUUUGCAAAUGAUUCAUUGGAGACAAAGGAAGAACUACAAGAAGAUGAACUAUAUGCAAAAUUAGGUAAAUUGGACACGAAACAAGAAAUUUUGGAAUUCCGCAUGAAAUACGAUAAUAAGAAUCAAAUUUCCAAAGUAUUCAAUUGGAGAAAUCUAAUUGUUAUUGUUGGAUGGGCAUUUGUAGCAUUGUUGGUUCAAAGAAUUAGUAAUAACGAUGCCAUUAAACAAGCUGCAGUUGGUAUUUUUGAUCCUUAUGAAUUAUUGGGUAUAUCUGUAAGCGCAUCUGAUAGAGAUAUUAAAUCAGCAUACAGAAAACUUUCGGUGAAAUUUCAUCCAGAUAAGUUGUCAAAAGAUCUCUCUCAAGAGGAAAGAACUUCCAUGGAAGAGAAAUAUGUUCAAAUCACAAAAGCUUAUGAAGCACUUACAGAUGAAGUCAUUAAGGAAAAUUUCUUGAAAUAUGGUCAUCCUGAUGGUCCUCAAUCAAUGUCCCAUGGUAUUGCACUUCCAAAAUUCCUUGUGGAAGGUUCUGCUUCUCCUUUGUUAAUUUUGUUUUACGUGGCUCUAUUAGGUAUUAUAUUACCUUAUUUAGUCGGUAAAUGGUGGACUAAAACUCAAUCAUACACUAAAAAGGGAAUUCAUACCAAGACGGCAUCCUAUUUUGUCGAUAGGCUGGUUAAUUAUAAGCCCUCUGAAAUUGUCACUGUAGAUUUGAUCAUUAAGUGGUUAUCCCACGCUGAAGAAUUUAAAUUAUUUUAUCCAGAUUUGACACCAGCAGAUUUCGAAGAAUUACUACAUGAUCAUAUUAAUAGAAUCAAUAGCAAUGAGAAGGGACCCAAUAGAAAUGUUGUGAAGUUUAGAAUUGUGGCCAAAUGUCACUCUAUAUUGUUGGGGUUUUUGGAUAUCGCCGCUGGAUUUAGGAAUCUUGACGUUGCCAAUUAUGCGUUGGAUACUUUUAAGUGUAUUGUGCAAGCUGUGCCAAAUUCUCCAAAGGCACAAAUCCUACAAUUACCAAAUGUAAAUAAAGAACAAUUUGAAAAUGGCUCAGUUGAUGAUAUCUACACCCUAGGCAAGUUAUUCACUUUCGAUGACGAGAAAAUAGGUAAGAUUCUUGGAAUUAAAGAUAAGAAGCAAUUGGAUCAUACGUUAUCAGUAGCCUCUAAUAUCCCACAUAUAAGAUUAAUCAAAGCAGAUUUUGUUGUUCCUGGUGAAACUCAAGUGACUCCAUUAUCUACUCCUCAUAUUUCCUUAAAAGUUUUAAUCCGUUCCGCCAAACACAAGAUUAUUCAAACUGAACAUAUUCCAGAAUCAAUGUUGGCAGAAUCACAAGAUUUUGAGCACAUGAGGGAUCCCUUUGCAAUGGUUAAUGAACAACCUUUGAUUCCAUAUUCUUAUGCUCCAUUCUUCCCAACUAUGAGACGUUCUGCAUGGUGUUGUCUUGUUUCCUUGCAAAAAGAUAAUAAAUUAAUUCAAACUCCAGUGAUGGUCAAUAGGUUAUCAUUCCAAAACUUAUCCAAGAGUUUUGAUAAAAGACAAGUUAAGAUGAUUGGUAAAGAUAUUGAAGGAUUCAAACCUGAAGAUUGGGUAAUUGGUACAAUAAAGAUUCCACUGGGACAACCUGCACCUCAACAAACUGGAACUGUAUUCUUCAGAGUUGUCGUAAAGUCUACUGAUUAUUUUGGAUCCGAUUUAGAUUUCACUAUGGCAAUGCAUGUUAAAGAAUAUUCCGAAAAUGAGGUUGAUAAACUACUAAAUGAAGGCACAGAUAUCUACAGUGAUGACAGUGAAGAAGAAGACGAAGAAUUAGAAGAGGAAGAGGAUGAAGAUAGCGACAGUGAUUACACCGAUAUAGAUACAGACACAGAAGUAGAGGAAGAUGCUGCAGAAGAUGAGAAAUGA